AUCUUAACAUACCCCUGGCUUUAUGGCUGUAUGCACUCUACUCUGUAUCAAUAUCUAAAACUAUCUCGGACUCGAACAAGGGAUAGGCUCAUGUGAACCUGCAUCAUCUGUUAUCGCCUUGCGGUGGGUUCCGAAUCCAUUUCUUCAUUUGGUUUUCUUCUUUAAAACGAGGAUUCCUCGAUUCAUUGGCAGUGGAGACAAGCACUGGACAAUCAAGAUGUCUUCAACGAAUUGUGAGAAACCACCGGUCGAUGUGACUGUUGCGUCUGAGCCUGAACCUGAGCUGCAUACCAUUUUUGACCGUACGCAGAAGAAACUGGUUGCUUUUGUGGUUACCAUUGUUGCGUCGUCCUCCACGCUACAAUCGAAUAUCUAUUUCCCCGCCAUCCCCACCAUUGCCGAAGAUCUCAAUGUCUCCGUUGAACUUGUCAACCUUACCGUCACCGCAUACCUCAUUUUCCAAGGCCUCGCGCCUAGUCUCUGGGGUCCAAUUUCCGAUGCUAGAGGCCGUCGCACGGCGUAUUUCGGCACGUUGAUCGUAUUGCUUGGUGCAUGUAUCGGCCUCGCACAGACACAGAAUUACACCACGCUCAUCAUCCUGCGAUGUCUCCAAAGUGCAGGCAGCGCCAGUACUAGCGCCAUCGGCUCCGGCGUGAUUGGGGAUAUCACCACGCGGGCUGAUCGUGGCGGAUACAUGGGUUUCUUCCUAGGUGUCAAAUUGAUCUCGAUUGCAAUCGGCCCGAUCAUCGGGGGUGCACUGGCGGGAUCCCUAGGAUGGAGGUCUAUUUUCUGGUUUCUGACAGCGUACAAUGCCUUCCUGCUCGUGCUGGUCGUGUUCUUGGUUCCAGAGACCUUGCGCUCGGUCAUUGGCAAUGGGGCUCGAGCGCCGUCUCAGCGCAUGGCGCGAUUCCCACUCACUCUCUACCAACGCUAUACCACGGUGAAAUGGGACGCAGACAAAGUUCCUCAGCAGAACCCGGCCCCGAAGCGCAUCGAUGUCCUGGCACCACUGCAGAUUCUCACCAGCAAAAUGGCCGCACCAAUUAUCAUCUUCUAUUCGAUUUAUUUCACAGUCUGGCAAAUGUGCGUCACUUCCAUGUCCGCCCUUUUCACAGCCCGUUACGGUCUCACGGUGACCCAAACAGGUCUGACAUUCAUCGCACUCGGCAUGGGCUCGAUAAUAGGCACACUCAUCACGGGCAAAAUCAUGAACCGUGAUUACCGCCGCUUGCAGGAGAAAUACGAGAACGACGCGUCCGAUGGACGGAUUUUCCCCCUUGAGAGGGCUCGGCUCAGCCCGGUCCCUGUCUACGUGAGCGUGCAAUGCCUGUCCAUAUUGCUCUUUGGGUGGACGGUGCAAUACCCAAACCAGGUCCAUAUCGCCGUGCCUAUCGUCGCGACUUUCUUCGGGGGGUGGUCGACUGUGUCUGUACAUUCGAACAUCACGACGUAUCUCGUUGAUAUAUUUCAUGACCGUAGUGCUGCUACCGCGGCUAGUCUUAAUCUUGCGCGGUGUUGUCUUGCGGCUGCUGGGACCAGCGCUAUUCUUCCCAUGGUGCAUGGUGUUGGGGCUGGAGGGGCGUUUACCAUUUGUAUUGCGGUGCAGCUGGUCUCGAUGAUUGGGUUGGGUGUACAGUGGAGGUAUGGUGGUGUUUGGAGGAGUAUGAAGGAGUCUGAAUGCUAUGAUUGAUUACGUCGUAUCAAAUAUAUAUAUAGAGAAUGAAAU